GGACGCUACCAACGAGAUAGCACCUCGGGAAUUCCGACACUUACCGAUGAAGCGGGCUGAACAGCUAUGGUGAGGACUUACGUCCCCGCCUAGCUGAUUGUCGUACGAUCGACCUCGUCGCCUACCAACAAGACGUAGAGACUACCAAGGCGUUCGCGAGAGUCAACGAGUAGGAAUCAGGUGUUCGAGAGGUCCGGGUUAGGCCUCAUCUCAAGAGUGAGUUGACAAUGGAAGAUGCCGAGGAUGUAGGAGGAGAUAGAACGAAUGGGCGCUCACCACCUGCAGCACCGCCGGAACAACGGGACUAUUGGGAGGACGAGGAACGCAUAAGGUCGUUGCUGGAGUUAUGCUUCAAUGACGGAGUAUACCCCACGGACCUUAAUCCAGGGGAGAUGCCAGUUCAAGGACGAGAGGCGAAAUUCAAGCUAAACAACUCCUUGGACGAGAUCAAGAUCAAGUGGCUAAAAGAGAGAACGGUUUCAGUCAUCUUCAAGGAGAAUGCGAGAUUCCUACCAAGAAGGAUUAAGGACGAUACUAUUCGAGCGUUUGAAGAUGGAUGGGUACUGGGCAACGAUCGUUUCCCCUUAGAAUCGCGUAGUUGCAGAGUGAAAAUCGAAGGGCCUAACGCCCUCUCAUAUGUGGCAAGAACGCGUGAAGUGGCAAAGUUUAUGUUGAGCGAGGAGGACGACCGAACGUUCUGGGUUAUUGCGGUCCAAGUGCCACUAGACGAUAUGCCAUUCAUAUACGCGCAGAUUGAGCGAGCAGUCGGGAGGAUAAUACUGGCACAUCCUCCAGAUGUGGAUCCGUCUAGACCGGCUCUAGUCAACUCGCGCUUUGACGUGGACCCGGAGGCGAGAGGGAACAUGAAGGAUAAGUUAUGGAUUAUAACGUCGAAGGGAGAUGAACUCGAAGUCAAGCUCGCAUGUGCCUCAACCCCGAAGUGCCGUAUCUGCAAGCAGUUCUUCCAUGUUGAUACGGAGUGUAGAAGAGGAGGAGGGCAACAAAGCUCGACGCAGACCGGCACCGGAAGGCAAAGGGAGCGGAGACCUUCGUACAGCGUCCCCUUGGGGCCUUGCCCCUCGCAGAAUGCUAACGGAGGAAAUCCUCCAGUAGGGAUUCCGGCAGGAGCCACGUCAACUAACAAUCCAGUCUUCUCGCCAAACGCACCCCAGCAGCCUUCAUCAACGUUCAAUAUGAUGCAACUAGCAGCGGCGUUGUAUGGAGCUCCCGCUAUGGGACCGAACUUGCAACUAGGAGGGAACUGGAUGCAGCAGGCUCAGCUAUUUGGUUCCCUAAAUGGCGGUCUCCCGUUUCAAGGAGUAAAUAUGGGGGCAGGAGGCUUUGGAAUGGCCGGCCCGUCGGCCUUUCAGCGGUACCAGCCAGGCCAGGUACCCUGGGCCGCACAACCGUAAGGGCAGACAUCCGGUGCAGGCUUCAAUCUC